UUUCUUAUUAUCGGACACAAUUUGGCUUGCAGUUGAGUGCGUGCGGUUGCCUCCAGUUUGCUUAGCCUAACUAAUUGGAUUACCAGUGUCCUCUUUCUUCGAUUUCUUCCAUUGAACUUGUAGGAAAUAUUCAUCGACUAUCUACUUACAGAAAAAUAAGUUUACAAUUAAGCAGAUCUACUGGUGCGUGUACUUUACUUGGUUUAAUUUGGUAUCAUCAUCCCUAAUUUCUUCAAUUUCAUUCAUUUGUUGAAGCUGCAGAUAUACCAUCUGAAUCUUAAAUCUUGAUUCAUGUAAAUUUUUGUUGAAGUAUAUGUAUAUAUUUGUUUGGUAUAUUGAAAAAUUAACUAUUUGUUAGGGUAGAGCAUGAAGGGAGUUGAUGAUGUUAAUGUGUGGGAAAAUGCAUUGAUUGAAUUACGAGAUCGUGUAAGGAGUGUGAGAGAUUCAAAUGAUGAGAUAUUUAAGCGACUAAGGUUUAGUUUUGAUCGGUUGGAUAGUUUGGAAGUCAAGAAUUGUUUUCUUUAUUGCUCAUUCUUUCCAGAGGAUUAUGCGUUUUCUAGAAGGGAGUUGAUAGAAUGUUGGAUUGAUGAAGGACUAAUUGGUGGGUCGCCAAGUAGAGAAGCAGCUUAUAAGAGGGGCCAUGCUAUUAUAGAUAGGCUUCAAAAAAAUUUCUUAUUAGAGAAAGAUGAUAGGUUAGUUGAAUUAGCUGGAUAUCUUGAAGAUAUACCUGGGGCUAAGAUGCAUGAUGUAGUGAGAGAUAUGGCUAUCAUAAGCAUUGGUCCUGAAUUUGGAUAUAUGAUAAAAGCUGGUAUGAAUUUGGUAGAGCUACCAGAUGAGCAUGGUUGGGUAAAAGAUCCUAAGAAGUUGUCUAUAAUGGAAAAUAACAUUUUAAAAAUGCUUAGUUUGAAGGUUCUUGAUCUCUCUGGCACUGCUAUUGAGACAAUACCUAAUUCCAUCUCUGAAUUGAAGAAUCUAUCUACCCUACGGUUACAACUUUGCAAGAAGUUAAAGUACUUGCCUUCCUUGGCAAACCUCAAGGGAUUGAAGAAGUUGGACCUGCACAGGGCAGGGAUUGAGGUGCUCCCACAAGGCAUGGAGAUGUUGAUAAGUCUUGAAUAUCUUGAUUUGUUAUUUUGUCCAAAUCUGAAAGAGAUUCAAACAGGAAUAUUACUUAACCUUUCCAGUCUCCAGUAUUUGGCUAUUUGUUUUUGGCGAGAAACUACAAUAGUGAGAAAUUUUGAAGAGGUUGCUAGACUGAAGAAGUUGGAGACUUUAGAAUGUAACUUUGAUGACAUACAAGACCUCAAUUAUGUUGUCAACAAGUUCAAAGAUUUCCAAAGGGCUAUUGCUUGUAGUCUUCUAGUUGGGAAUGCAACCGACAUACUUAGAAGGAUUAAACCUAAGCUUGCAUUUACUGAUUCCAAGAUCAGGGAAGAAGGCAUAGUGCUUCCAGAAAAGCUUGAAGAUUUGUGGAUAAAUAGGCUUAAAAUUAAAAACAUGGGAAGCAGCUUAAGCAAAAUAGCUCUGUUAGAAAAAGCAAUUGAGUUGAGGAUAGGCGAUAUUAGCUUUUGUAAAGAGAUAAAGUGCGUGGUUGAGUUGGACUCAUCAUCCUCCUCCUCCUCCUCAUUGCGUUGUCCAGUAUUUGAUAAGCUUGAACAGCUGCGGCUUGUUGGAUUGCCUAGGUUGUGUGAACUUGUGAGAGUGGAAGGAGAAGCAACACCACCGCACGUCUUUUCCAAUCUUAAAGAGCUUUUGGUAGGGCGAUGUUCGGGAAUAAGGAAGUUGCUUCCACUUGAGCUACUGCAGACCCUCCAAAACUUAGAGGUGAUUACAAUUUUUUCUUGCCAUCAAAUGCAGGAGAUAAUAGCAUCAUUAAAUUCGGAUGCAUCAUCAUCAGAUAAAUUCACUUUCACUUUUCCUAAGUUAAGGAAAUUGUGCUUGUGGGACUUAUUCCAAUUGAAGAGCAUCUGCAGUGCCAAAGGAGUUAUGGUUUGUAAUUCUAUUGAAAAAAUUGAAAUACGUGGAUGUCUGAAGUUAAAGAGGAUCCCUGUGCAACUUCCCCAACUUGAUAACGGCCAACCAUCUCCUCCUCCUCAUCUCAAAGAAAUCGAGAUAGGUGCAAGAUCAAAAGAAUGGUGGGAAUCAGUGGAGUGGGAUCAUCCUAACGCUAAGAACGUCCUUCAACCCUUCUUGAAAUACGAAGAGCUGCAAACUACAAAUGUAAAGCCACGUGCCACCUCAAUAACACGUGCCAAUAAAAGCAUUUCCACAGUUCCUUCAUUCCUCCCCCAACGAAAACAAUUGGGUAUUCUAGAAGAGAAAGAGAUGGAUGUGUCUGAGAUGGAAACCCUAAGUGGGUAUAUUCUAGAAGACAAAGAUAUCCCCAGCCUCUGCUCCCUCGCAAGCUCUAACCAGUAAGUGUUUAGAUUUCACUAUCUCUAUUUUGACUUAUUGUAACUCUAUUUAGUUUUUGUGUUUGGAUUCAUAUUUCACUUUUCUCAUUUAAUAAGAUAAAAUUGUGGGU